AAGACUACCGGAGAAUCUCCGGCUUAAUAGCUCUUCUGGCUUGCGAAUCGCUUGUAUUCAUUAAGGUUGAAACGGAGGACUCGCCUGGGAACAAGCUCGGACGACGAUUGAAUUCUGCAGACUCUUUGACUCACGGUGGAACGAUCACGGAAAAGCUUAGGAUGAACGCAGCGGAUACGAAUUUCACCGCCGGGUUGGAGGGCGAUGUAGACCAAGCUGCCAUAUCGAGAGACACGAAAGUGAAAGUUCUCGUCGUCUGCUUGGGAAACAUUUGUCGCAGCCCGCUUGGGGAGGCCGUGCUUAAGCACGCCGCUAGUCAGCGCGGAAGGGCAGAGAGCAUUCAUGUGGACAGCGCAGGCACAGCAGCGUACCAUGUUGGUGAGGAACCAGACGUUCGGACAGUGCAGAUAUGCAAAGAGAACAAGAUACCGAUCAACCACCUGGCUCGCGCCGUCAACAAGGACGACUUCUUCGAAUUUCACUACAUCCUAGCUGCUGACCGUCAGAAUCUCUCCAACCUGACACGGAUGAAGCCGAAGGGCGCAUCAUCCAUAGUUCAGCUCUUUGGAGAGUAUGGAGAUGGUAGAGUCAUUGAUGACCCGUACUAUGGAGGAAUGCAUGGUUUCCAGAAGGCCUAUGACCAGUGUCUUUCGUACUCGAACGGAUUUCUUGAUGAUGUUUUCCAAGAGAACAUGUCCAAGAAGACUGGCCAACUGUAGUAGACCAACUGUAUUAUGUGAC